AUGCAGGGUACCGUGGGGCCCCCUGCUGCUGCUGCAGCUAUGUUAGGCCUCCGGCCCCAUGCCGCUAUCCUCUGGCCGCAUCGUCGGCCCCUGCCAGCCCUGGCCUUCGGCCCCUUGCCGGCCUUCAGCCCCCGCCGGCACCGGCCCCCUACCGGCAGCCACUUCCCAGCUGCCCCGCCGCCCGCAGACUGCGUGCCACCGCUUCCCUAUCGACAGCCACUUCCGGCUGCCCCACCUUCCCAGCCUUGCCACUCGCGCUCAGCCCCUAGAAGCAGCCACUCCACUCGGCCCACCUCCUCAGCUCCACCAGCAACUCCGGCCACCUCUCGACCCCACCGACUUCCUCCGCCGCCACCCGGCUCUUACCACCGGAAACCGCCCUGGCCACCUCUGCCCAACCACCCACCACCGUCCCGCCACUAG